AUGACGCUUUUUCGGGCUUUGAAAUCCGGCCCCUCUUCACUUCCGCCCUCGUGUGCCUCAUCCACCUCGAACCCCCCGUUCCUGUCUUCGCUGUCGAGAAGAGAAGAAGGGUAUCUCUCCCGUGCCUCUCAGCAGAGCGCCGGCCUGCGGUGCGGUCCCAGCUGUGGUGCCCCGCCCCCCCGCUGCGAGUGCCUGGACACGCGAACCGACUCCUUCUCUUCCGAGAGGAAAUGUUUGGAGACGCCGUCUAUCCUGUCGGUUUCGCGAGACGAACCGCGGCUUCCGGCUCGGGUCUCAGGCGAAAUUGCCGCCGAGAGAAUGCGACAGAGACUGGACCAAUGCCAGCGGGCCGAAGAGCGCGAGGGCCCGCUCACCGGCAGUCUCCGAGACUGCGGGGGCUGUCAGAACGGCGACGCGUGCACCCGGCUGCCGGGUCGUUUGUCUCCGACCUCUCCGUUCUUCGAAGCCAGCCGGUGUACACAUCUCUCAGAGGUAGAAGCCAUUGAGGCCGAGGUCGAGUUUGCGGAGAAGCGACGGAGCGCCCGAGAGCGGGGCGAAGACGAUAAGAGGACGGAGACGCUUCUUCGGUCGUUCACCUGCCUUCCGCGUCUGUCUCUUCAAAGCGCGAAGCGUAUCGAUACUCAGCAAAAAGCGCUUCUGGUCGCGCGGCCGCGCUUCGCCGGCCUGACGCGCCUUCCUGGGGAGAGGGAGAGUGAGGUUGCAUCGGAGCGCAAUGAAGAAGCCGAGAGGCAAACGCGUCGUUUGUUGUCUUCUCUCCCAUGUGGUCACCUGCCUAGCCCCCGCGCCCAGUCCCCUUCCAGCUGCCUAGGCAGACAACCGAUUCAGGAGCGAGCGCGCGGCGGAUCGCCUGGUAGGGGCGAGGACGGGGGCUGUCCCUUCUCACUGGGAACCACCAAGAGCAGCCUGGCAACGCCUGUUUCCCUGACCGCCUCGAACAGUUCACGCGCUCAGUGCGUCGCUGAAAUCGUGGAGCGACUGAGUCGAGCCCAAGAAGCGCAGUGUGCGAACCUGAGAAGACGCUCGGCCGGACGCGCGGCCAGAUGCCUCCCGCCAGGUACGGACACUGCGGCCGCUUGUUCGAGUCUCUCCACGGGCCAAGGCGAAGUGAAAGGCAGUCAGCAAGAAGCUUCUGAGCGCCCGUGCUCUUCACCGGUCUGUUGUUUGCACGGAAGCGAAGCCAGACUCCAAGAGGCAACAUCCCGAGACGACGUGAACAGCGAGUCGAGGGGGGGGGCUCUGAAACUCACCUCGGCACAACGCUCUCAACUGGCAGCCGCCUGGGAGACCCGGACCGCCCUGCUGGCCGUUCUCGCGUCGAGGGCGCGACGCAGGCGAGAGGCGGAAAGCAACGUGGAGAGAGGCCGAGGAGACGGUUCGAGGAGCCGCCGGGACGACGGUAGGGGCGAGAGGUACCUCUCGCCUUCUCGCGUGUCUCCACGCAUGUCCUCGAGACCGUCUGGAUCCGCUAGCGUUUCGCGUCAGUCGUCCAUUUCAAAGUCUCCCUGUCCUUCCUCUUCGUGUUCUGUCCAGACAGCGUUCUCAAAUCCUUCCCGUCCGACGUCGCCGAGCCGCGCUGGCCGCAGCCGCGCUUCCUCGCUCUCUCGCGCCGCCUCUCGCUCCCAAGCGCGGUCGGCCGUCCCCUCCGAGGAAACAGACUGGACGCGUUCCAGAGCUCCGGCGUCGCAGCUGCUGCAAAUCCCUCCCUCGAAAGGCUCCAAGCCACUGCGGCAAUCAGACUCCCACACGACCGCUGUCGGCACACCGCCCGCUCGCCGGCGUCGCUCUUCCCGCAGAGACACCCCACGCGGCCUCUCCCCCCUCCCUUCAAGAAGUCUCAGUCGUGCCUCUUCGGCCCGCAGUUCGCGAACCCGCCGUGGCGGCUCUUCUAGGCGGCCCCUAGAGACGACAAGAGACCGGAAAGCGAAGCCGGAAAAGUCGCCAUCGCCUCCGCCAACCCCCCCCAGCCUCAGUUCUCGGGCCGCGUCCGCGCGCAACACGAGAAGUCCCCACAGGCGCUCCCCCGAGGCUAGCCGGCGCCACGGGGACACGCAGCCCAAUGAGAAGGUUGGCGAGAACGAGGGGAAGAAGGCGACGAAAGAGAAGGGAGAGAAAAGUGGAAAGCACGCGCUGUCGCCUCUUCCUAGCGUGAGUGUGAGCCGCGUGCCAUCGGCCGCGAGCUCCGCACGAGGCCCUCACAGAGAGCACUCCGCAGCCAAGGGUUUGGACAAGAAAGAUAGAGGGAAGACCGAGAAAGACAAGAGCGGGAACGCGGCGAAGACGCUCUCGCCCGCUCCCAGCAGGAGUGUGAGUCGCGCAACUUCGAACGCGAGCGCAAAAAGCGCCCGAAGCCACCACCGAGCCCACGGCAGCAAACAGGGUCUCGACAGACAGGGAGAGAAGACACACAACACGGAUAAGACACCCAAGCCGCACAAGGCCCAUAAGAGCAGCAGUUCCUCUUUGUCUCGAGGUGACAGGAAGGCGGGGGUGACGCACUCUGGAGAGACGCGAAAGGAUCUUAAGCGGAGUGCAUCUGCGAAUCCGCCGGUGGCGGCCCCCAAGCGAAGUCCCUCUUCGCAUCGGAAAACGCGUUCGCCGUCGCCAUCGCCGUCUCGACUCCACCUCCCCGACGCCUCGCUGAAGAAGCAAGACUCCUCGUCUGCCAGGGAGAAGCGCUCGCCGCGCCGUUCCGUCUCAGCAUCAGCUUUGCCGAGCCCCGCAGCGCCGGCAAGUGGAGUCUCCCGCGACGCGUACGGAGGGCGAGACGCGCUGCGCCGAGAGAAGGAAAAGCCCCGCCACAGCCAAGAGGGAAGGAAGUCUUCCAGCGGAGACGCCUCGCCCGGCACGCAUCGCUUGAUCGCCUACCCGAUCGCUGUGCAACAUUCCAUGGCGAGUCCCCGGCUGCUGCUUUCUUCAACAGAUCUCGGGGGGAUCCUGAAAUCGCUCGAUAAAGACGCCGACGCUCCCCCGCCGACCACGCAGUUCUUCCCACCGCUCGCGGGUCGGUUCUCGCCUGAGACGCUUGAGUCGGCUGACGCACGUCCUUCCACCGCGCCCUCGAAGCCGGUCUCCUCUUCCGACUUCGUUCGCGACAUCCUGGCGCAGGCAGGGUUGCCUCGGGUUCUCCUCGAUUCUCUUCUCUCUUCCUCCGGUGCGCCUUUCUUAGAGGCAAACGCUGGAAGGAAGCACUUGCAGGUGGAAGCGGGAACCGCGACGAACAGCGAGAACACGACGCGGGAGUGGGAGACGGCGGCCGACAUCGGGCACGCGAUCGCGGAGGCAGCAGCUGAGAGAGCUCGCACGGAUCCGACAGCUCGCGUCGAGCAGCUUUUGGAGAGAUCGAAGUCAAAGUUGGACACCUCGGCCUCUUUGGUUCAGAGGUUGCCUUCGUCUCUGGAGGAUCUUCUACGCGAUCUCGGUGAUGAAGGUAGUCGACCGGCCUACCCAUCCGUGGUCCGAUCGAGAUCGUCUGGACCAGGCGUCUUCCCGUCUCCUCUUUCACCUUCGAUCCCUUCUUUUUCGUCCUCGUUGCCGUCGGGGGACACGAAGGCCAUCGCGCUCUCCUUCAUCGCCGAGGAACUCGAAGCCACGUCGCAGCUGUGCCGGCGAAUCUCGGGAGUAUCCGAAUCUGCCUCCCUCUCCUCGGCUUCUUCUUUUUCUUCCUCUUCUUCUUUUUCUUCUUUUUCGUCCUCCUCUUCUUUCGCUGCCUCUUCUUCCUCGUCCUCUUCUUCGUCUUGUUAUCCAUUUCAGGAUCUUACGACAGCUGCGACGAUCGCUCCGAGUGCCGACCCAACGAGCGGGCCGGGUGGGAGCUGCGAAGAGCACUCGGUUUCUCCCUCUUCGCUCGUGCCUGCUGGCCGCCCUGUCGGUGUUGCCGCCUCUGCCGUUGCGGCUGAAGCCUCAGAGGCGGGGCGUCCGCGCCCCGAGGAGGGCGAGGCGAACGACCCGAAGGAAGACCGACAAACGGCUCCGGCAGAGAAGAAAGAGAGGGGAGAAAAGAGCCAAGAAACGGUCAACACAGGACACCCACCAGAUCCACGGGAAUCCGGAAAAGGAGAGCGCCCGAACAAACCACGAGAACACACAAAUGCUCACAAUUUUCAGCGCACCACGCGUCCUUCCUCUGCUCCCCCUUCUUAUUCACCAUCUUCGUCUUCCUCUACUUCUCCAUCAUCUUCUUCUUCCGCUUCUUCGCCAUCACCGUCUUCCUCAUCUUCAUCAUCCUCAUCUUCCUCUUCUUCACCAUCGUCUUCUUCCUUUUCUUCUUCUGUUUCCGCUCUGACGGGCGAGAGGACUGCGCACAAGCGAGAGAAUGCGGAGACCAGCGUCGACCUGUCCAAGUCGACCGCAGGCGCAGGCACUGAAGAUGGGGCUGUUCUCGCUUCGCGCCUGGCCACGCCGGAGCCUCUGUCUCCGUUUCUUGCGAACGCCGCGGAAAUUCGUCUGAUGCUUCCCAACAAGGACGAGGUUGCUGCUCUCUUUUCCUUCGUGUCUUGGAAAAGCUGGAACACAGCCUGCCCCGGAGGCCGAAAGCGUCGAAGCCCGCGAAGCCUUCGAAGCGCGCCCAGAGCGUCGCUUCUCGGCCUCGCGCCUGAGGAGUCUAACGCAGAGACAGCGAGUCAACACUUGGACGCGGCCAGUCAGCAGGGAACUAGCCGACUCGGAGCAACUCCCUUUCACAGCGCUUUCGUCCAAGGAUCCUUUGCGGACAGCCCGAAGGACGACCGGGGAGGGGAAGGAGAAGACGGCGAAGGAGACGAAGGAGGCUGCGAAGGAGAACCCGUGCGAGAGGCGGACGCGCGGGACGACAGACGCAGCAGACGAAGCUGUCCGGCGUCCACGAAACUACGAGACAUGCUUCGCGCCUUCAGGAACACGCCGGCAAAGAAAGUGCACCUGGCGUACGGAGAGGCGGAAAUACAGGGAGCAGAGGAGGCGGCGGAAGAGGAAAGAUCCGAGCUUUUGACCAGACAGGAGAGAGAGAGAGGCGGCCUGAGAGACCCCGAAGCGGAUACGAGCGAGGCGGACUCCGGCAGCCUCGACGCGGCGACGGCCGAAGACCUCUGGCUGCUUCACCAGACCAACGGAGAAACAAUGAAACGGUUGGAGAGCGUUUUCCGAGGAUCCGACCCCCUGACUCCCGUCGCUUCCGAAGACCUCCCAUCCGAUUCUUCCGUGUCGUGUCCACGGAGCACAGGCAGGUCGGCUGCGUCCAUUCGGGCCGGCUGUCUACAUGCUGCCCAGGCGCGACUUCGAGACGAGGGCCGGGCAGAAACCGAAGAGGAAGGCGGAGUGGAAGAGACGCUCUCUCGGCCUCCUCAUUGUGCCUUUCCUGGAUCGCGCGCUUCCUCGUUCGGUGCGGAUUGCCACGCCUUCUCUGUGGGCGCGCCAAGCUGGCCGAGUGCGCGGCGCCGUAGUCCUUCGUGUGGAUCGCCUGACUGCAGCGAAGAAGACGCACAACGCGGAGACAACGCAGCUAGGACGUCUUCCCUGGAACUUCGUCUCCGGGAAAAGGAGAGCACCGCAGGCUGCGAGGAAAGACAGAAGAAAGGCGGGAGCGUUUUCGACAAGACCGCGAACGAGGAUGAGGUUACCCGCUACGUUGAGCAUGGAGCCGAGGGGAGAGAGGCAGCGAAGAAGCUGCGCGAGAGUGAGGAUACUGCCGAGCAGGCACAGACGAAGGUCCAGAGAGAAGCUUCGGACACAGCCUUCCACUUUUCGUCGUCAGGUUUUGCUUCCGUCCCGUGCUCGCCUUCCUCGUCUUGGUCUGGUCCGCCGCGCACCGAGGAGCGCGAAAUGGAGGAGGCUGCGGCGUCGCCGGGCGGCGAAGGCAGCGUCAGCUCCGCCGGUAGAGCCGCUGGAGCGGAAAGGCAGAUGGAGGCCUCAGGGGGGGGAGGCGAAAGUGGGAAGUCUAGAGCUCGGAGCGCAGGAGUGAGUAUGAGCGACUCGGAAGGGCCGGAAGGGAGACGUGCAGAGAGGAGGGAAGCAUGCGAGCAAGACGGGGCGCCGACGACGCCGCGCUCCCCCGCAUUCACGGCUCUCUGCACAUGCGCCGACUGGACAGCAGGGACGGAGCUAGGAGAGAAACGCGAGGGGCUACGCGAAGGUCUGCUGGCCAAGAUGGCAAGGCAGGGAGCGCAAGCGAGGAAGGACGGAGAGGCGAGUGAAGAAACGAAGGAAGGGGACACUUGGCAACAGCCCUCGAAGACGCGAAACGGUCGUUUUGGAAAGCUAGGCGGUAUCCUGUCGUCUUGGCCAGACGUCGCGCAAGACACGAAGGGCGAGAAAAGACGACACCUGUGUCGCGCGCCCAGCCUCCACGAAAAGGCUUCUUCCGCCGCCUCUGACAAGUCUCUGCGAGAGGACCAGAAACCACCCAACACGGACGCCCUGGCCUCGCCGGCAGGCUCUGAAUUUACGUUCGCGAUGGAGUUUUCUCCUCAACCGUCCGAAGGAGCAAUCUACCAGACCGCUCUUGCUUCUCCCUCGGCCGCUUCUGUUCCCUCGUCGGAUGCACGCCAGCACCUAACCGAGUCAGCGUCCAGGCCUCCUUUGACCAACUCCUCGUCUCCCUCUUCCUCUUUUUCCUCUUCUUUCUCUUCCUCUUCUUCCUCCUCUGGUUCCUUGUUUCCUUCUUCCUCUUCUUCUUUCUCUUCCUCGUCCCCUUCCUUGUCUGCUGCGUCUUCGUCCUCUUGUUCCGCUUUCUCUUCUUCCUCUUCUUUCUCUUCCUCUCUCCCCUCCUCUGGUUGCGCCUUCUCCGCCGCUACUUCAGCCUCUGAUGCCUUCGGCUCUGAGAGAGAGCGUCUGCCCGAUGCUGUCUGUGUGUCGAAGCCUGAAGGUAGCUCCCGGCCUCUGACUGCGGGGAGCGAGAACCUGGUGGGAGACGAAAGCGACGCCGGAACAGAGGAAACGAAGAAAGGGACUAAAGAGGAGACUGCAGACGUUUCCGAAGCUUCCACGUGCCGCGACGCCCCCCCAGAGAGAAACGGCGGGGACAGCCUGGCCGAGCACAACGGGCUCUCGAGCACCAAUGCGUGUGCAUGCCCCGUUGAUGCACCGAAAAGGGCCAUACAACGGCUGUCCAACUCUGGCGAUGACGGCCAAGGCCGACCCCACAGCCAGGCGCCAGGCGACACAGAGGCCGGACGUCGCGAGCGCCGGAGGAAGGAGAGAGUCCGAGGCGACUCUCCACGCGCAGCCAUGCCGCCUCUCUGGUUCGGGUCUGACUUUUGUGUUUGGGAAGAGGAAACAAGAGAUGAGAGCCCUACAGAAGUCCAAACCCGUUCGCAGCCGGAGACUAGAACCUGUGGCAUCCAGGCAACAGGCGAAAGCGCCGCGUCUCUCUCUUCUCUCUCUGCGGGGAACCCGGCGGCGGGGGCGGCGGGGAUGCGUGUCGAAGGCGAAGGCCUUACACGCGAAGCGCAAGACGGAGGCGGGGAGACGGAGAUGCCCACGUUGUGCUCCGCCGCUCUCUCGCCUGUCUCCACGAAGCCCCGUGGAAGCCGGCGGUCCUCGAACCUGUUUGAGGGCGAAAACGAUCUGGAGCAGGCGGACUGGAGAGACAGCAGAGCACCAGAGCUAGACGAAGCGGGAGGACAGGCGAAAGACGCGCCCGCGCAAGGGGGAGGAAACGUGGUGAGGGCGUCCCUGCAGGCGUUUGUGUUGGAUUUAGAGGAUUCUGGAAAGCAGUUUCUCUCGGGCCACCUGAACUCCGGAACUGACCCGCCGAAGUGUACCCCUCCCGGCGAGGCUUACGCGCCCCUGAACGUCUCACUGGAAGGUUCGCCACACGAAGCGGGCGCCGCCAGAGAAGCCGCGCAGGCGGACGCGCGCACGCGCAAUGUCCGACACCACGGUGGAGAGAUCGAAGACCAGGAUCGUCGGCUCAGAUCCAAACAGGUGUCCAAAGAGACGCGCGACACAGCAGGACCGGGGGCCGGAGCAGGACUGAAGAGGCCUUCCCUCGCGCCGCUCUUAGACCUCCCCGAGCUUUUGCUGAGGCACGCGGCAACGGUCUCUUCCUUCCUCCCGACGAAAGACGCUGGGCGGGAGUAUUCACGAGAACGGGAAGGCGCGGGCGGCCGGGGGGACUCGAAAAGAGCGAGAGUAGGAUUUCCUUUCUUUGCGAGCCUGUCGGACGACAUCCUUUCUCGUUCGGCUGCUCCGACCACGUUGCGCGAGAGGGCGGCCGAAAGUCCACAAGAGCGACGGGCGACAGGGCCCGCAUGCGCCAAAGGCCACAGUGCAUCGACGGCGCCUUCUGCAUGCACUUCUUUCCGCCAGCUUUCGCGGUCCGCGCGUGGCUCUGCUCGCGCUGCGUCCUCCUCUCCAGCGUCGCACGCGUCCGGCUUCCGUCCUCCAAUGCCUCUUACACCCGUUCCUUCCUCCGCUCUCUCUUCUCUUGCCCAGGAGUCAGAAGACUUCUCUCCCGGUUCGCGUUUGCCACCGGGGUCGGAACUGGUCUCCUCCUCUUCGCCUCGUUCUUCCACCAGUUUCGCCGGUCUGCCCACAGCGACGACUCGGCCACGAAACGCGAACAGAGUCGACAGGAGGGGGGAGCCCGACGCGCAGGCCAGCCGAGAUGGCGAAGUCGCGUUCCCUCCGGCACGCGCCCGCCGGCAUCCACGAGACUUUCCCCCCGGGCUGCCUUCUCGGGUCACCAGUCAGCUGCGAGCAGGCGAGACUCCUCCUUCUCAGCACUCUGUGGAGUCGCCAUUCUUCUCUCCCCUUGCUGCGUCUCUCCAAGUUUUCUCGUCGCCCGGAAACCCAGCGCUCCUUCCCAACUCGAAGGCUUCUCUCCCUUCCAGUCCGGAGACCGACCAGCCUGCUGUCGCCCCAUGUUCCCCCUCCUUCUCUCCUCUGGAGACGCGCCGGUCGCUGGCGUCUCCUCUGGAGCCGUCUUCUUCCUCGCCGACCCCGGCUUGUGAGCGUCUCCCCAACGAGGCAGUCGACCGCAUCCGGUUCGUGCAGGCCAAGCUCCUUUUCGCCCAGGCGUCGCAACGCAGCCCUGCCUCGCGAUCUCUCUCGGCCUCAGACCCAGCGCGGGGUGCGCGCCUCGACUCCUUCCCUCUUCGUUUGAGCUCUCCAAGUCUGUUCGACAACCCACGGAUUGCCUUUCGCUUGACUCGCCGGACCGCCGAGGCCAGCGAAGAAGGUAAGCAGCCGUCUCCACCCCACGCCACACGUCUCCGUCCGUCUCUCCUGUUGGGAUCCUCACCGUUCAGUGCGCGGUUUCCUUCCCCGUCUGCUCUUCGUCAGUUUCCGACUCCGCCCUGUAACCCGAUUCGAAGGUACGAGGCCUUCCCGGAUGGAAUUCGGCGCUUCUCGACACCUGGGACUCUUCCAGGCCACGCCGCCUCUCUGGUGUCUCGACACCCGCCGACAAGCGGCACGGUAAAAUGCGGCGCCGCGUAUCUUCCUUCUGACCUUGACCGCCUCUCUUCCGCUCCUCUCCAGUCGCGUUCGCAUGCCGCGCCGGCGGAGUCAGCCCGCCGGUUUCCUCGCCACGUGGAGGCGCUGGCCCAGCGAGCGCGCAGUGUGCCAGGCAAACGCAACUUUUCCAAAGAAUUGGAGAGGUUCCGGACGGCGAGGCUGACACGGCCAGGCAUUACAGGGGCGCAUGCCUUGGCGGGCACGGACUUGGUUUCGCGGCUCAAAGCUCGCAAGGAGGCAGUGGCACAGCCAGCAGCUUCGCCGUGUUCUUUGUUCCGCGCCCAAGUGGAGACACGGUGGCGGAGGAUCAGCGGCGAGACACAGAGCUCGGGUUAG